AUGAUCCCGACGUUCGGUCUAAUGACGACCGUGGGCAUCUUUCAGGUGUAUUGGAAAGAAAACCAGCUUGCUCCGUGGUCUAACACGGGCAUAUCCUGGAUUAUAUCCAUCUUUGGGUUUCUAUCUGUUCUACUCUGCGGCCCCUUUGGCAUCCUGUUCGACACGUUCGGGCCCCGAUGGCUCGUGACCCCCGCAACAAUUGUGUACAGCGCGGCCUUCCUGGGCGUCGCCUUCAGCAGUCAAUACUGGCAAUUCAUGGUCUGCUUCUGUGUUGCCGGUAUAGGUGCAGCGGCUUUGACCACCACUGCGCUAGCCGUUAUUAAUCAUUGGUUCGACGACAAGAAGGGACUGGCCAUGGGCAUUUGCACCAUGGGUGGAGGACUGGGUGGCGUGAUCUUCUCCGUGGUGCUUCGGUUCACCACGAAGAACUUCGAGUGGACGACGGCAAGCCUCAUCCACUUUGCCAUAAUUUGCGCCUUUUUAUCCCUCGGGUGCGCCUUGACGAGGCCCAGAGUACUCAAGGCUCGCAAAGGAAAGAUGUGGGACUUUGCCUGCUUCAGGCGUUGGAAGUUUGUCCUCUUCACCUUCAGCGUAUGCGGCUUCGAGUUGGUGCUGUUCGUAGCGUGGGGUCUCCUACCCACGUAUGCCAGAAUAGUCAAGCUCGGCGAUGUAUUCUACUUGACCCUUGUCUUCAGUGUGGGGUCUUCCUUCGGCAGGAUCGUUCCUGGAUAUUUCACCGAUAAAAUAGGCCCCUUCAAUGUGACUAUACUCAUGACAAUUUUCACAGAGGCGGUCAUGCUUGUGUUGUGGCUAGCGUUCGGAGACACGUCCGCGCCUACGCUCUAUGCCGUGGCUUUUUGUCUUGGAUUCGGUACCGGUAGCUUUGUGUCGACGGCUGCUACAUGUCUCGGACGACUCUGCGACCCGCAAGACAGUGGCACAUACAUCGGCUGCUGCUAUGCUGUUGUGAGUCUAGCAACGUUGGUCGGCAACCCAGCCAGUCAGGCUGUCCUAGGGGACGGUGAGGGCAUCCGCCCUCGCUUGAUGAUUGCCUUUCUUGCGAUAGUCCUCGCAAUGGCGCUUGUGAGUUGCUGCUUUGUCCGGUGGUUGUGUUUGAAACGCAGCUGGAAAUGGUUGGCGAAGGUGUGA